AUGCCAGACAGGGUGACCGUGGCUACUUUUCUUUCCAUUUCUGUUAGCGUAGCGAUGAUAGCAGUAUGUGGUAUCAUCGCCAAUCUUAUCUGUGACGAUAUCAACGACUUUUACGCUGACAGUAUGAAGGAGCUGAAAGCUUUCCAGGUUUUAACUGAUGACGCAUGGACGGAAGUGAUUAAAAUGGAAAUACCGCCUUCGAGCAAACCCACAUUCAAAAGCCUGAUCAAGCGGCAGUCACGAAAUCUUGAUUUGCCAUCGUUCUGCAGCUGCAUGGCGGAAUCUGCAUGUCCACGUGGACCUCCUGGACGUCCGGGACUAGAUGGAGACGAUGGGGCUCCCGGGUUGCCAGGGCCGAAGGGGCCAGAUGGACUUGACGCUUCAGGUCAUACUUACAACAUUGACACUGGUUGUAUCAUGUGUCCAGCUGGACCUCCUGGUCCUCGCGGGCCACCAGGACAGGCGGGAGCACCAGGGCCACAAGGUCUGGAUGGGCCGCGUGGUGUGAACGGUUAUGGGGUUGGUAGACCCGGACCGCCAGGGCCACCUGGAGAUCGCGGGGAGCCAGGAUGUGAGGGUAAACCUGGUAUACCUGGUAACCCUGGCCGUGAUGGUGUGCGCUAUUUUCCGCGGCCACCAGGACUGCCUGGAAUGCCAGGUCCACAAGGACCACCGGGUCCUCCUGGCCCUCCAGGUGUAGCGGAAGAAGGGCCAGACGGGUUACCUGGCAUACGUGGUAAACCAGGUCUGCCUGGUAUGCCUGGACCAGUGGGUAAACCUGGAGAGGAGGGAGAUGCGGGUGAACCUGGGUUCGAUGCCGACUACUGUCCAUGCCCACCUCGAGGAACCAUACGCGGACAAGAACCCCCACCAACGGAACAAGAACUGGUGUCUGAAGAUGAGCCUAUUGUUCAUCCUAUGGCUGCACAACCCAUGGAGGAGUCGAACCAAGCAACCAUGGUGGAAGAGUCGAACCAAAUGACCACGGCAUCAGGGAGGUUCUUCACAGAAGAAACCUAUGGACCGGAUUUCGAAGAAGCUUCCCGAACUCCCUACAGAAAGACGAAGUUGAACAGACACAUACGAUGAUUCGAGUGUAGACUGUCCUUUGAUUGCAAAAUCUUGGCUUUUGGACUCUGGUAG